GUGCGGAUGGUAGUGUUUGUCAGCUGUUUGCACACUGUUUACCCGUAGGGGAUCUAUUACAAGUGCUCAAAUGAUCCGGCCGCUUAGGAGCUAGCAGCUUCACCCAGGCUGCAAUUACAUAAACAUAUAUUUUUAAUAACAAACAAACAAACCCACCCCCCCACGUGGCGGCGACAUGCCUGGAUCAGCUACUGCUAUCCGACAAGAGAGGUUGAAGAAGACCAGUUCAAGGCCAAAUCCCCCUGGUUUAUUCACCAUUAAUGAGGAAGAGGAACAGCAAAAGAAUGGAAAUGCCAGAAGACUGAAAGUGCACACAAAACCAGCAUUGAUUCCCAAGAGCAGCAGUGACUUUCAAAGGCAUCCAGUAGAGCUCUUUCUAUAUGCAUCUGACAACUCCCAAGCGCAAGAUAAGAAGGCUCCUGCACCCUCCCACCCCGCCUCUGCUGCUGUAGGACAAAAUCGCAACGUACCAGGAAACAAACCGGACCCUCCACCUGUGCUAAGAGUUGAUGACCGACAACGGUUGGCACGAGAACGGAGAGAGGAACGAGAAAAGCAGCUAGCUGCGAGAGAAACCGUGUGGUUAGAACGAGAAGAGAGAGCUCGGCAACAUUAUGAAAAGCACUUAGAAGAGCGCAAGAAGAAAUUAGAAGAGCAGAGGUUAAAAGACGAGCGGCGACGGGCUGCUGUCGAGGAGAAGCGAAGGCAGAGACUAGAAGAGGAUAAGGAACGUCAUGAGGCUGUUGUCCGGCGCACAAUUGAGAGGAGCCAGAAGCCAAAACAGAAACAAAACAGGUGGUCCUGGGGGGGAUCCCUCCAUGGCAGUACCAGCACCAGCAUUCACAAUACAGAUCCAGACAGGCGGUCAGUUUCAACAAUGAAUCUUUCGAAACAUGUUGAUCCAGUCAUUAGCAAGCGGCUCUCCUCUUCAUCGGCAACAUUACUAAAUUCUCCAGAUAGAGCUCGCCGCCUGCAGCUCAGCCCCUGGGAGAGCAGCAUUGUAAACAGACUCCUGACGCCCACACAUUCGUUCCUGGCCCGAAGCAAAAGCACCGCUGCCUUGUCUGGAGAUGCAGCAUCUUGCAGCCCCAUCAGCAUUAUGUCCUACAAAGCUGCACAUUGUAGAAAUCCAGCUGAUCGGCCCAAACUCUUUGUAACACCACCUGAAGGUACUGGACGAAGGAGGCCUCUGCACAACACAAUGGGGCAUAAAAGAGAAAAGGAGAGAGAAAGCAUGCCUUUCCACCUCACAUCUGGCAUCCGAAGAGCCCUGUCUCCAUCAAACCCCAAAACUAGAUCACCAGCUCCCUCCUCAGUUUGGCACCCAUCCAAGUCCUUGUCUCAUUUGCCUGGCACACCCAGACCAACAUCCUCCAUGUCACUUGGCCCAUCGAAAGCUGCUUCUGCUCAGGCAUGGCCCCCAUCCCCCAGCAACAUCCGGCCUAUCAAGAAAGAAGUCAGGCUUGAGACAGAGAAAAAAGAGCCAGAGAAGGAAGCUGAGAAAGCAGUUGAAGCAUCAUCAUCAGAGGACCAAGUUCCUUCAGUGAAUGCUGAAGAACCUACAAAUGAGGAAGUCUCACCUGCCAAGCCAGAGGCUCUUCCAGCCGCAUCAGUGCCGUCCCUGCCGUCCGCUGUGCCCUCAUCUGGUUUGGGUAAAACUUCUGCGGGGACCACUGACCCAGAAGAGGCCACAAGACUACUGGCUGAGAAGAGGCGGCUAGCUCGGGAACAGAGAGAGAAGGAAGAACGGGAAAAGAAGGAGAGGGAAGAGCUUGAAAGGAGGAAGAAGGAGGAAUUAGCUCAAAGAGUAGCCGAAGAGCGAGCUCGUCGAGAGGAGGCAGCCCGAAGGCUUGAGGCAGAGAGGGAGCAAGAACAGGCCCGGGAGAGGGUAGAACAGCUGCGCCGGCAGGAGGAAGAGAGAGAACGACGAGAAAAAGAAGAAAUGGAGCGGGUCCAGAAACAGAGAGAAGAAGAAGCCCGCCUACGAGAGGAAGCUGAGAGAGUUCGACAAGAACGAGAAAAGCAUUUCCAAAGAGAAGAGCAGGCCCGCUUGGAAAGGAAGAAGCGACUUGAAGAAAUUAUGAAAAGAACUAGGAAAACAGAAGCUACAGAUAAGAAAGCUAAUGACCAGAGAAAUGGAGACAUAGCCAAGAGAGAUACUACAGGUGAAACAGAGGUCUCGCCACUCCCAUGUGUGACAGACUCUUCACAGAAUGGAGAACCAGUGACCAGCCCCCAUCAGCCAACAAUGACCAUGGACAGUACCCUCAAUACUGAAAAUCAACCAAAUGAAAAUGGAGUGACUCUUCAUAAUGACACCUUUGAAGAAAUUAUAAACUUACCCAUCGGAUCUAAACCAUCCAGACUGGAUAUCACGGACAGUGAUGGAAGCCCAGAAAUUCCUUUGAAUCCAAUUUUAGCCUUUGAUGAUAAGGGGACUCUUGGGCCAUUGCCUCAGGUAGAUAGUGUUCAGACACAGCAAACAGCAGAAGUUAUAUGACCAUUUCUUCUGAAGAACCAAAGGUGAAGUUUAAUAAGCAUUUCUACAGUUAAUGGAAUUCCUUCCAUGCUAUGAAGGAGUGUUUUUUUUUUUUUCCUUCCUCUCCAGUUUUCUAAAGAUUUCUUGAAUAUCUUUUUGAAGAGACUUUAUCAAAACCAGCUAAAGAAACCUUGGGGAAUAGACUGGAUCGCCUUUCUAAUAGUUUUUGCCAAUAGAAAAAAAAAAGUCAUGCUUCACAUACUUGGCACUUUUAAAUGGCUUUUUCCAAACGUGCUCCUUCUUAGCAAAUCAAUAUAUUCUGCAUUCUUUGAAAGACCAAAUGCACUGGGAUUUGAAAGGGAUGGGCUAACUGGGAUGAUGGGCAUGAUUUUUCAGGUGGAUGUCUUGGUUUUAAAUGCUGUAAUGUGUAAAAUUGGCAACAAAAAAAAAUUAGUAAAUCUAAUACUUGAAAAAAUAAAUACUUCCUUACUCUCCAAGUAGAGCAAAUGGGAGGGAGGGGUGUUUAAAUUAAGCCUGUUUAAAUAUUUUCACUGAGCUCUAUUUGUAGGGGCAAAUGAUAGGCUUCUGUAUCAGGUUCUUGUAAAUGCAACUCCUACAUGGACAUUCUGUAAAUUCAGCCAUCAUUACUUUCUUCUUGAAAUCUUCUUUUGAGAAAGCAAACAAAAACAUUUUAAAAUGUGAAAAAAUGGAAAGCAUUAUUUUUUCAUGAAUGAGAAAUAAUCUGCUGUACUCUUAAAUAAUGUAUUUAUGAAGUUUGUCCAGUUUAAAAAAAAUUCAAAUAAAUUAGAAAAA